AUGGAGCAGAACCCUCAUAGAAGCAUUGCAGUAAUGUUGAGUAUUGCAGUGGCCUUCAUGUUUCAGUCCCCUCCGCUUCUUUGGGCCAUGCUUCUUAAGUUCCCGUUCGGAAGUGCAUAUUCAGUUGAUAGGCCAAUUAAAUGUUUUGAGGGAGCAGUUGAAAGGUGUCACACGGAUUCACUAUCCAGUAUAGUUGCAUCAUGUUCUUGGGGUAAACAUAUCGCCGUUGGCACAGGAACACCUUUCCAAAUUAUGUGGAGCAAGAAAGAAGCUGCUGAAUAGGAUUAUGAAAGAGAGAAGCUUAAUGAAAGAAUAGCAAAACUCUCUGGUGGUGUUGCUGUCAUUCAGGUAUUCUUAAGGAAUCUUCUUCUCCCUCAAACAUGAUGGUUAUGAUUGAACUACAAAUUAGUAUAAAUGUGUUCAAUUCCCCUAUAUGUAUGCAUGCACGCAUGGAUUUUUU